AUGUCUGGAGUUUUUGUUUUCGACGACGAGUUCGACAAAUUGUGCCCAGUUCCUGGUAGCUUGGAAAUAAAUGAGGUAAUCAAAUUUUCUUAAAGUUCUUUCAUAAACUUGAAAUAAAGAUAAAUAUUCGAUUAUAGAUUAUCUGUCUUCUCAUCAAAAACAAACUUCCUAUUAAAUCACUAUUUUUUCAGCCCUCGUCGAUAUUCGCCUUUCACUCCCUGAAAGCAAAUGUAAGAAAAUAAAACUCCAGGAAAAUGAUUAACAUGGAAUUUGCAGGUCGAAAAGUUGAUCACUGACGCCGUCUCAGUCUUCAAGCAACAGCCCAGGAGAGAGGUUAGCAAGAUUGUAAUUAUGUGGGAAAUCAGGCUUUUUUGCAGGCGUCGGAUUUUGUCGGGCUCCCAGUUCCACAUGGUGCCGCUUCCGACGAAGUUCUCGCUCCGGUUAAUGUUGAGUCGCCGGUAAGCCUCCAAGUUUUCUUUUUAAAAGUGCAUAAAAAGCAGGAAACCUACAAAAAACAGAGAUUUCCAGAGAAUGCAAAGCUAUAUUUAUUAUCUGAUAAUCUUCCUCUUAAAAUCACAUUGUUCCCACUCAAAUUCAUAUGAAUCAACACGAGUUUCAGAUUUGGACGGCAGUCACUUCGACUCCUCGUCUCGCCGCUGGGAUCGACGAGUGGAGUCCGAACGGCAUGGUGAGUUGCGGAACAUUUUCAUGCAAAAAAUCGUGUUUAUUCAUUAUUGAACUUCCUUUUUUAGAUGACUACCAAGAACUUCUUGUUGGGAACUCUCGAGUUGUUUGAGGCGGAAGCUUCAGUCUCGCACUCAGAAACCCAGAACGCCCCGCUCAAUGAAAAGGUUGGUUUUAUAAAAGAAAAUCGAGUGAUGAAAAAAGCUCAGAAAAAGUUCCUUACUAAGGCGCGUGUAGUUUUUGAGAACGUUUAAAAAAGCUUUCGAGGUAAAAUUUCAACUGCUUAUUUCAGAAGAAAAUUAAGUCGCGCAUAAACCUCGGAGAGAUCGUGGUGUCUGGACAAAGUCCAGUACGUCUUGUGUCUGAGAAGCCAGAGAAUUUUGUAAGUUUUUAUUUCUUCACUAUCAGCGGACGAAACGAGUUUCAGACUGCUCAGUCAAUUGUCGUCCCAUUCACUACUCUCAACAGUCCGCGUUUCAUUGUCAGUCCUAUUUCCUUCGACGGCCCGGUCACUGAACAUUCCGAUCUGAGCGUGAGUUUUGACAAAGAAACAGAGAAUGAUUGCAGAAAAAAAGUACGGAAAUUUUUUCGCUCGUAAGCUCUUUAAAUAAGAUUUCCGUGGAGGUAUUUAUAUUAAUCGCUUGAUUUAAAUGGAAAAUGCACACCUUACUUUUGUUUCUGUCUUUCCAUUAUGUCUUCCACGGAAUGUUGAAGAAAGUGAUCAGAAAUAUCUAAGAAGAACAGAAAAAGUUUUCUGUUACAACCAGCAAACCCAAAAAAGAAAAUUUAUAAUCAGUCAUUUUUCAGAACUCCAUCCCGUCUUGUUCGACCAGCCCCCCCGUCCUCCCCCCAGCCGAAUCUGAAAUAUUUAGCAACAUCACAAUUACACGCGGUCGUCAAACGGUGAGUUGAAAGAGAUUCGAUUUCAAAACCAAAUCAAGAAAAAGCACGAAUCAAAAUCAAGUUAUUAUUUUGCAGCGUCCUUUUGAGGACGAAACUUAUGUCAAUACAGAAGAAUACUUCACUCCCAUGUUUCGCCGCAAUCGUCCACUUGGCCAAAAGGUGAGUAAAUGAACUUGGAGUCGUGGUGAAUAUUAAAAUGAAAUAGAACACUCCUCCGUUAGUCGAAUCUUUCAAGUACUACGAAAAAUAAAGACGAAUGAUUUCCUUGCAGGUGAGGAUCUCUCCGCCUGACGCCGCUUUGUUCCAUCGAGCGGGCUAUAAUCCAGUGGAUACCAUUUACCGAAACCAAGUUUGAAUUUCUCUCGUAAACUGACAGCAGAAUCUUUUUUCAGAACUUUAAUAACCGACAGAAACGCGAGUACGCCAAGCAGAUGAUCCUGCAGAAAGCUCGCGAAAGUCGCGCUGAUCAAAAAUCUUUCGUCACUCAAAUGAACGAAAAGGUGAGUCAAAACAACUUGUGAAACUGGGAAAAGAAAUUAAAACAUAUUUUGCAAAACUUGAAAAAGAGUGGAGAAUUUCGAAAAUUCAUUUCAACAGACGGAAAAAUCGCUUGAUAUUCACUCGAAAUGAGAAAUGCCGAUGUCAGAGGUUUCGAUACUUGUCUCCCACAAAAACAUAUUUUUGUCAGGGGUUUCUGUUUUUCCGUUCGAAACUCUUAUAAAAGCUUUAAAAAAAAAAGGUCUCAACUAAACUUUCGAAGAGCCUCACAGUAGGUUGAAAAGAAAACUCUGAUUUUGAAACAAAGAAGUGAAAUCGAAAAUCGGAAAGAGAUUGACAAAAUUGAUGGAUAAAAUUCGAAAGCUUCACAGAGGUCAUUACUUGAGAGAUUUUGAAUUUGAAAGUUCAAACUUGAAUAUUAGAAAAGCACAGAAAUGGUCAAAUUUGAACGGUCGUUUUUCUGGGAAAAAUGACAUUCUAGUGAGUAUAACAACAUUAGUAAAUGAGGUACUUAAUCGAUUAUUGUUAGAAAUGAGGCUGAAACAUAGAAAAUGAGCUUCUUUAAACCUGAACAACCUAAAUUCACCUUAUUUAUAACGGAAUGUCUUGUUUCCAAUGAGUUAGAAUUGAGUUUACUAUUUAAAAUCGGAAAAGAAAAGAAAAGUUAAUUGUACAUACUUUUUUGAAUAAAUAUGUUGAAUUUCUCAUUUUUCAGUUCAAAACACUGAUGUCGGAGGCGAUUUGCGAAGCCACGGAAGACAGCUGCGAGCCCCAAGAAGCUCAGAGCAACUAA